UGAAACUUUUUGCAUAAAUAUCAGAAUAAAAUAUGAGCAUUUCUUCAGAAGCCCCUAAAGCAGGGAUGUUCACCAAGGUCUUUAAAAGACUUGAAAUUGCCAUUUUCGUACUCAACUAUUAUGACUACUGCUAUGAUGCUGUUAAAUUAUGGAAGCAGCUCAAUGUCUUCACUAGACAGCAGAUUGCAGAUGAUGAGGUUCAUUUCAUAAAUCAAAUUUCACAUAAAAAGAAGUUUGUUCUCUCCAGUUUUGACGAGAUUGCUGUGAAGUUCAUGUCCCAUUGGAUGAAGUACUUUCAACUUGAAAUUUAUUCUUUCCAUCCAGAGGCUCAAAGUCGUUUUUUGGACUUCCUUGAAAAUCUUGACUCGAACGUUUACCCAAAUCUUAGUGUAAAAGAUAUGAUUAUUUCAGAAAUUAAAAUCAGAAAUGAGCUUGAAACUUUUGACAGGAUCUCCCAGAUCCUCCUUGAAAAUCUUCCUUUAAAGACACUGAUAAACUGUCCUACAUUACUCAAUGUGAAGAAGAAAAUGUUUGUCAACAAAUGGGAUAUGCUUGAAGAAGAAAUUACUAAGAUCAACUCAUUCGAGCAGCCAUGGGUAAAGAUGCUCACAGUUUCAAAUUAUCCUUCCCUAAACAGCUUGAAUAAUUUCUUGUCCGAGCUCACUAAGCCAGUCAGGUAUCUAAAUAUCACAGAAUGAGACUUGGUUUUCUCCCAUGGAUCAUCUAUAUUCACUAAUAACAGAGAAGAGCCUCUCAUUUUCAACGAAAGAGUCAGUGAGCUACUCCACCAAAUUCACAUUUCCUCUGGAAGAAUAGGCAGCUCUGUAUGGAACGAUUUCAGUAACAACUCUGUUGACCCCAGAGAGAAUGACGUGAAGACCAAAACUCUUGUGGGUAAUAUGAAUCAAGUGCUCUUCAACAUUCUGAGAUCCAUCAAUUUUGAUACAGAACUAAAAUUUAAUGUGAACACAGAUGUCUAUGACAACCUACCCUCAGCUAAUGAUGAUAAUCUGAAAUUAUCACUUCAUUUUCAGAAUCCACAGUUCAGUAUUAAGUUUGGUGGCACAAUUUAUGAACUGUGCUGAGACUCUAUGCUAAUCUGAGUUAAGGAUAAGCAAGCAAGUUACUUUACUCGCUCGAAAUUGACUCAAGAAGAAUCUAAAGAUAGUAGCAUUACCCCAGCCCGAGAUGGAAUCUUAUUCUUUGAUUACUUAUUUUCAUUCAACAUAAAGAACCCGAGAGUUUGCAGAGCUGUUUUCAAAGAUGAACAUUUUGUUUCUGACCAAAAGAUAAUGAUCUUUGAAAAAUACCUAACUAAGAUCAGCAUUGAGUUAAUGCCUAAUCUCUUGAACAACUUCCCAGCAAACACUUCUGAAUCUGACCCUUUAAGAGCUGAAAUAAUGAGUCAGCCAAGCCCCAUCCCUUCAUUAAUCAAAGCGCACGAAGAAAAUAUCAGAUUCGAUAUACCUCCUCAUCAACUCAGAGAUUAUCCAGAUAUCCCAUACCAGAUCUGAUGUAGUUUCCCAGAUAGCUGACUUGAGUCUCUCCAGAGCGAAUUCUGGGACUUCCAGCUAAUAUCUCUAUACCAGAUUAAGAGCUGCAGCUCAUUAGAUAUCGAAAUUGACAAAGAUGGGAAUGCUUACUUUGUCAAAGAUGUGCCUACCCUUCCUAUUAACAAAUAUUGCAAGGAGCUGUAUCUCCGUGUGCACGAGAGCAUUGAUAUCAAAAGCACAUUCACGCAUUUGAUGACUAAAUUUCCCAACUUAAGAGUCUUCAAAUUCUGGUCCCUCCCAAAAAAUCCCAAAACUGAAAAAUACAUCGAAUGGGCUAUAAAGCAUUGUGAAAAAUUGGAAGAGCUUCAUCUCAAAGAUUUCAUAUGGAAGAAGAAUAUCUUAGGAGAGAAAGCCUAACCAAAGCCUCAGGGGUUGAAUUUUUCAAAAUUCCU